AUGGCAACGGCUCUUAUCCUCCGGACAAACUUGAACCAAGGGGUUCCUGGCCCUGAACAUUUCGAGCUGCGACAACUCCCACGUCCACAGAUAGGAGAUGGAAUUUUGGUGCAGCUUCUCGUCGUAAGUGCUGACCCAUACAUGCGGUACCGGAUACGAUCUGACGGGGACUACAAGGCAAAUGCGCCGAUGCUAGGCUUGGUGGCCGGUAAAGUUCUGGAGUCCAAGGUGUCGGAGUGGGAACCGGGAGACCUUUUCGGGGCAGAGCUGCCAUACAUUGACAUCCAGGCAGUGCCAGCAUCUAAGCUUGCAAUGUUCCGACGAUUGACGGGACUCCUCAGCGAGGAGACCAUUAGCCGGGGCAUUGGUGCAUUGGGAAUGCCUGGGUCGACCGCGUACGGUGGAUUGACGGACAUCCUGCGACCGAAGAACGGCGAAGUUCUUUGGGUCAGCGGUGCUGCAGGAGCUGUUGGCUCCAUGGUCGGCAUGAUCGCGAAACACGUGUUUGGUUGCACCGUCAUUGGUUCGGCAGGGGGUCCUGAGAAAUGCAAACUGGUUACUGAGCGGUUCGGCUUUGACCACUGCAUUGAUUACAAGGCCUGCCAGUCGACCAGGGACUUGAUCAUGGCACUGGGCAAGGUCGCCCCUUCCGGCAUCGACAUGUAUUUUGAGAACGUGGGCGGCAUGCACUUUGAAGCAGCGAUGAAAUGUUUGCGGCCGAACGGGCGUGUGGCCGUCUGCGGCGUCAUCUCAGAUUAUAACAACCCCAAGAUGUCUCCCAACAAGAUUUACAUAUCCAACAUGAUCUACACCUCACAGCGGAUCGAAGGCUUUCAGUGCUUCCCCUGGCUUAGUGGCGAGCGCGGAAACUUCCUACAGGACAUGGCCAAGUGGGUUGACGAGGGGAAGGUCAAAGUGGAGGAGACUGUCUUCCAUGGCUUGGAGUCAUUUGGCAGCGCCUUUCGGGCUCUUUUCGAAGGAGGCAACACGGGCAAAGUCGUCGUACGUGUGCAGGCCGGAGCGAAAUCGAAGCUUUGA